AUGGUGCAGACGCAGUUCGGCAAGAAGGUCAAGUUUGUGCGCCAAGACGGAGCUCGCGAGUUUGCUACGAACUCGCUUCAAGAUUUCUACGAGAAUGAAGGCAUUGAACAACAGACUACGGUGCCGUAUGCACACCAGACCAACGGAACAGCAGAGCGCGCCAUUCGGAUCGUCACGAUCGGCCGCAGCAUGCGUCACCAUGCCAAGUUGGACAAGCUCUUCUGGGCUGAAGCAGCAAUGACGGCCAUCUACGUCAAGAAUUGCCUACCGUCACCCAAAGUUGUGCACAAGAUCCCGUUUGAGAUCGUGUACAACUCCAAGCCAAGUGUCAAGCACAUGCGAGUAUUCGGCUGUCAGACAUUUAUACUGACUCCGAAGGAGAAGCGACUCAAGUGGGAUCCCAAGACUCGUGCUGGAAUCUUUUUGGCUACGAAGAAGAAUCCAAGCUAUAGCGUGUAUUUGACAUUGAGGCGGGCCAGGUUGUUGUCAAUUGGGAUGUCAACUUCGACGAGUCAAGUUUUGGACUUUCGCCACCAGUUGAAGAUAGCGUCGUCAAUGACUUGGAUUUUGACUCGCUUGGUCUUGAUGAUGAAGGUAUGCGUCAAAUGGAGUAUCAGCAAACUGGUAAGCGAAAGAAUCGUUCCAGCGAUGAAGAUGCGGCUGAUCGGUCACCACGUACUGUACGUCAACGGCCUGGAUUGGACAUAA